AUGCAACCGCGACAAACUUGGAAGACUAAAAUUCUUGUAGUUUUGAGAUUAUUAGGUUCUUCAACGAAGGCUUCCAAAAAUGAGGAACUUAAAAUCCCACCUUCGACCACGUACUCGGAUGAUUCAGAUGGAUUCAACUCUGAUACGGAAGUGAGCAUAAAAACCACUUCAUCAGACCUGGCAGAAACCAUAAAAUCAUCUAACAACACUAUUGCGUCAAAAGAUUUACGCGAGUGUAAUGUAUGCAAGAACAUGAGAUCACUCAAUUGGUGCAAAACGUGUGAAUCAAAAGAAUUUGCAAAGCAUUUUUCAGAUUGGACUAGUAAUAAUGAAUUAUUGAAUAAAUUUAUUAGAAAUACGCAAUAUAAAUCGUAUGAUCAUAGAUUUUAUUGGGAAUGGAUUCCUUUUAAUCAAUUUUCUAAUGUACAACUUUUGGCUAAUGAAAGUGUAUUCACUGCUAUUUGGUUGAAAGGACCAAGAAAUCAUUGGAACAAUGAAAGAAUGUUGUACGUCAGGCGUAAAUGGUGUAAAGUGGUUUUAAAACGACUCGUUCAUUCUCCGGACAACAUCGAAUUUGAAUUCAUCAACCAGCUUCGAAGUCAUUAUGGACGUAAAAAAUCCCGUUGUGAACGAACCGUACAAUUUUACGGAAUGACUCUAGACCCCGAGACAAAUUGUUACAUGUUGGUAACUGAAUAUCAUAAUAAACGAGACAUUCGUACUUCAUUACAAGAAAAUUAUUCGGAAUUAACCUGGUCAGAUAAAUUACGAUUGUUACAUGAAUGUGCGGAAGCUUUAUUACAUGUUCACUCGAAAGGUCUUACUCAUAAAAACUUACACACUGAUCUUUCAGACUUUCAGUUUAAGCGCGAGGAUUUUGAAAUUCACCCUGAUGCUAUUUAUACUAGCAGACCUCUUGUCGAUUUAUUAUCACGUGAAUUCGAACUUCGUGAUCAAUUUCGGAAUGAAGCCGAAUUAUCUGAACAAAAUGAGUUGGAAGGGUCUUCUACUAAAGAUUCCGAAGAGAUCGAUGAAAUAAAAGAUGAACGCGACACGACCAUGACAUCAAGUGAUAAUGAUUCUUCGACUGAAUCAUCUUAA